GCAGCGUCUCCUCUUUAGUGACUCAGGGAGCCCUAUCCGCGACCGGCUCCGCGCGCACUUUUAAAGAAUCAUAGUAAUUAACUUUAACAAUCCUGAGCCUGACCAGCGCGAGGCUCUGUGCUCCGGGCCGGAACAAUAGCCCCUUCUUUGAGCGUGCGGCGGCGCGCGGUGCCUCCCGGGGCUCUGGUGCAGCAAGCGGUCCUCGCAGGGUUCCGAAGGCGCACCGCAGGAGGCGACAUGGGGAACACGGCGCGACGGUCUUGGGGCUCGCAGUCUGCGCCCACGCUGCUGCUGCUCACCGCGGCCACAACGCUGCUAGUCUUGCAGGGCGCGCACGGGCGCCCAGUUGAGGAGGAUGAGGAGCUGGUGCUGCCGGCAUUGGAGCGCGACCUGGCACACGGGACCACGCACCUCCUCCUGGACGCCUUCGGCAGCCAGCUGCGCCUGGAGCUGCAGCCGGAUCGUGGCUUCCUAGCACCCGGUUUCACGCUUCAGACUGUAGGACGAAGACCCGGACCCAACGCGUCGCAUUCUGAUCCAGCCGGCGAUUUGGCGCAUUGCUUCUACUCCGGCACGGUGAACCGGGACCCCAGUUCCGCCGCUGCUCUUAGCCUCUGCGAGGGCGUGCGCGGUGCCUUCUACCUGCAGGGUGAGGAGUACUUCAUCCAGCCCGCGCCCGCCGCCGCCGCAGUGAGCCUCGCCCCCGCCGCCGCCGGGGAGGAGCCGCUCGCGCGGCCCCAAUUCCAUCUCCUGCGGCGGAGGCGGCGGGGAGGCGGCGGCGCCAAGUGCGGGGUCCUGGACGACGAGACCCAGCUCGCUAAGGACGCGGGGUCGGAGGGCGAGGACGCCGCGGCGCAGUGGCCGCCGCAGAACUGGGAGCCACAGCGCGCUGGACAGUCAACAGGAACUGGAAGCCUGAGAAAGAAGCGAUUUGUGUCCAGCCCCCGCUAUGUGGAAACCAUGCUUGUGGCCGACCAGUCCAUGGCAGAGUUCCACGGCAGUGGUCUAAAGCAUUACCUUCUCACCUUGUUCUCGGUGGCAGCCCGGUUAUACAAACACCCCAGCAUUCGGAAUUCAGUUAGCCUGGUGGUGGUGAAGAUCCUGGUCAUCUACGAGGAACAGAAGGGGCCAGAAAUCACCUCCAACGCUGCCCUCACGCUUCGGAACUUCUGCAACUGGCAAAAGCAGCACAACCCGCCCAGUGACCGGGACGCAGAGCACUACGACACUGCAAUUCUUUUUACCAGACAGGACCUGUGUGGGGCCCAGACGUGUGAUACUCUUGGGAUGGCGGAUGUUGGAACUGUGUGUGAUCCCAGUAGAAGCUGCUCUGUUAUAGAAGAUGAUGGCUUACAAGCUGCCUUCACCACAGCCCAUGAAUUAGGCCAUGUGUUUAACAUGCCUCAUGAUGAUGCCAAGCAAUGUGCAAGCCUGAAUGGUGUCAACCGGGAUUCCCACAUGAUGGCGUCAAUGCUUUCCAAUCUGGACCGCAGCCAGCCCUGGUCUCCCUGCAGCGCCUACAUGAUUACCUCAUUUCUGGAUAACGGUCACGGAGAAUGCUUGAUGGACAAGCCCCAGAGCCCCAUACAGCUCCCCUCUGACCUCCCCGGGACCUUGUAUGAUGCCAACCGGCAGUGCCAGUUUACGUUUGGGGAGGAGUCCAAACACUGCCCUGACCCAGCCAGCACUUGCACGACCCUCUGGUGCACGGGCACCUCAGGUGGAUUGCUGGUGUGCCAAACCAAACACUUCCCCUGGGCUGACGGCACCAGCUGUGGAGAAGGGAAAUGGUGUGUCAACGGCAAGUGCGUGAACAAGACCGACAAGAAGCAUUUUGAUACUCCUGUUCAUGGAAGCUGGGGGCCGUGGGGUCCCUGGGGAGAUUGUUCCAGAACGUGUGGUGGAGGAGUUCAGUACACCAUGAGGGAGUGUGACAACCCAGUCCCCAAGAACGGAGGGAAGUACUGCGAGGGCAAGCGCGUGCGCUACAGGUCCUGCAACAUCGAGGACUGUCCGGAAAAUAAUGGAAAAACCUUUAGAGAGGAACAGUGUGAGGCACACAAUGAAUUCUCCAAAGCUUCCUUUGGCAGUGGGCCACCUGUGGAGUGGACACCCAAGUACGCUGGAGUCUCACCCAAGGACAGGUGCAAGCUCAUCUGUCAGGCCAAAGGCAUUGGCUACUUCUUCGUUCUGCAGCCCAAGGUGGUAGAUGGUACUCCUUGUAGCCCAGAUUCCACCUCUGUCUGCGUGCAAGGACAGUGUGUAAAGGCUGGUUGUGAUCGCAUCAUAGAUUCCAAAAAGAAGUUCGAUAAAUGUGGCAUUUGUGGAGGAAAUGGAUCUACAUGCAAGAAGAUAUCAGGAUCAGUUACGAGUGCAAAACCUGGCUAUCAUGAUAUCGUCACAAUUCCAACCGGAGCCACCAACAUUGAAGUGAAACAGCGAAAUCAGAGGGGUUCCAGAAAUAAUGGAAGCUUCCUUGCCAUCAAAGCUGCCGAUGGCACAUACAUCCUGAAUGGCGACUUCACUUUGUCCACUUUAGAGCAAGACAUCACAUACAAAGGUAGUGUCUUGAGAUACAGCGGUUCCUCCGCAGCGCUGGAAAGAAUUCGAAGCUUUAGCCCCCUCAAGGAGCCCUUAACCAUCCAAGUCCUGACGGUGGGCAAUGCCCUUCGACCAAAAAUUAAGUACACUUAUUUUGUGAAGAAGAAGAAGGAAUCUUUCAAUGCCAUCCCUACUUUCUCAGAGUGGGUCAUUGAAGAGUGGGGCGAGUGUUCCAAGACAUGCGGACUAGGUGUGCAGAGAAGGCUGGUGGAGUGCCGAGACAUCAAUGGGCAGCCUGCUUCCGAGUGUGCCAAGGAAGUGAAGCCAGCCAGCACCAGACCUUGCGCGGACCUGCCAUGCCCACAUUGGCAGCUGGGGGACUGGUCGCCAUGUUCCAAGACUUGCGGGAAGGGUUACAAAAAGAGAACCUUGCAGUGUCUGUCCCAUGAUGGGGGGGUGUUGGCGCAUGAGAGCUGCGAUCCUCUAAAGAAACCUAAACAUUACAUAGAUUUCUGCACGAUGGCAGAGUGCAGUUAAGCAGGGGCUGUGUUGAGGGCAGAGGGCAGUGGGGAAGGGCUGAUGCACUGAAAUCAAGAAGGCUGGAGGAAUCCAGGGCACCUUGCCAGUGAUCAGCGAGGUGUGGCGAUGAGUUGCGAGGUAGAGGUAGGUAGAAAAGAAGUUAGGUCAUCAGAAUUUCCUGCCAGUUACAAAUUUGAUAGGGUAGUUCCUGAGGAUUAUUCGUAUCUGACCAAUGAUAGAGCAUGAUAAAGCCCCAGGGCAUUAUUAUUUCUUCUGUUACGUCUGUGACAAGUUUUUACAGAAAUAGAAACAAUUGUCAAAGUAACUAAGAAAUAAGGUAAUCCUUGUUUCCUGGUACCGAUGAAGUGCUUUGUAUCAUGGAGGUUGGGACAUGAAAAGCAGGAGGAAGAUGAGGUUUUGGGCUUAAGAUAGGGCUUCCUUUACUUCACUAAGGCUGGAGUGAGAAAGGAGUCUGCAUAGGAUCUUUAACCAGCUCUGUUCAUGGCUGCUGUGGUUUCAGAGAAUGUUCAUGCCAUCGCUUCUAUUGAGAGCUAAGAAUCCAAGAUUGUCCAGCAUGAGAAAUGACUCACCUGACUCCAUCCUUCCUUUCUUGUGUCAUUAUUGUGUCUUUAUUUGUGAGCUCAUUUUGAUGAAGAAACAAUUCUAUGUAUUUGUAAAAUCGGCAUUUCAGUCUACAAGGGGAAAAAAAAAAAAAAAAGCAGUGAUGUAUCAGAUGCUGUUAAAAGCUAGGGGAGGCCGGAUGAUCUGGGCCCCUCCUACCUUUCUUUCCUCCUGAUGUAAGCCUGCUUAAGGAAUGUGGAUGUGAAAACAAAACAAAGCAGUUUGCAUCUGAAGUCAGUAAGAUCACACAAAAAGGAUGUAAUGCCAGAACAAGAAUGGGGUGUGUACAACAGGGUCCCCAGUGUUUGGGGACAUUGAAGUCACUUG